UUCUCAUUUCCCACACUACUACAGAAGAGAUGGCUUCUGUUGCUGCGCGGCUUGGGUUUGUGCUGCAACCCGACGAAACCGAGCUCGACAAGUUUGAAGUGGAGAUCAAGGAGCGUCCGGGCGUCCUCCACCUGACCACCAAGCGCUUUGCGUGGUACGAGCGCAAGGCUGCACUGCCCCAGCAAGCAGCAGGUCAGACUGGCGGGCUACCUGGGGCUGGUGGUGGGCAGAUCGGUCAGCCCGGCCAGCCCAGCCAGCUCGGCGCAGCGCUCGUCGCCGCGUCCAAAGCAAUGACGCUUGUCCUGCCGUGGUCCCGCAUCAAAGAGCAAGCCAUCGCGACUGGCAAACCCAAACUCAUGAUCAAGUACAAUGAACAAGCACCCACGCCGAAGGUCGCAAAGGCUUCAGCGGUUGCUCCGACGCCAGUCAUUCCCGUUGGCGGGAAGGUCUACUCGUGGCAGGCUGCCGCUGCUGCGAAUGCUGCUGCCGCCGCUGCCGCUGCUGCUGCUAGUGGUGCAACAACGUCCUCGACGACACCUGCAGCUGGCGCAGGACCGGCAGCACCCAAGAUGAUUGAGCAGUCCGUCAUCUUGCUGUUCACUGCGUUCAAGGGUUUGGAGGAACGCGAUCUCGCCAAGGAGGUCAUUGCGAAAAUGCUACAGCGUGCAAAGACAUCUUCAACAACAGGGUCCCCUUCGACAAGUGCUGCAGCUGCACCGUCGGUGGCAAACGGCUCGCCGCUGUCGGCGGCAUCCACUGCCGUUUCGUCCCCAGCAGCUGUCGUCAAAUCCGAGCGAUCGUCCAGCUCAAGUCCAGUUCCCACCACCGCCAGCACCACCAGCAGCAGCAGCGUAAUUGGCAUGUCAGGCAAUCUGGCAAUGCCCAAUGCGGAAAUGCGUGCCAAACUGCUGGCGAGUGACCGAAAACUGGAGCAACUCUACGACGAUCUCGUCCGAACGAGCCACGCCCUCACCGAUGAGGAGUUUUGGCAAGAGCGCCAGCGCGAGCUCAUUCGGAAAGCCCAAAAGGGCGAGCAAAGUCGCAGCACACCAGCACAGAAAGUCGGUGUGCCGAGCGCCUUCCUGCUUCAAAUGAAGCAGGAUGUAGAAGUUGGAGCAGACGGCAUCAAACGAUUUACGUUGACACCAGUCGACAUUGCCAACAUUUUCCGAACCUAUCCCAAAGUUCGAGAAGCGUAUGACACCAACGUGCCAGUCAAACUUUCCGAGCAGGACUUUUGGCUCCGAUUUUUGCGAUCGCACUACUUUCACCGAGAUCGCCAAAACGAGCGAACGGUCAAAGAUCCCAACGUUGUGCAGGCUGAAGAAUUGUUUGGCAAGGAUCCACUUGCUGCCAACAAGGGCUCUGUGGUGGCUCAACUCAACCGACACUCGACCAUGGUUCUCCAAACGAAUCAAAAUCUGAUGGACUCGGCCGGACCGAAGCCCGCAGCCAUUGACGACGGCGAGGUGUUAGACUUGCGACCCGAGCCAGCAGCAGACACAAUUCCACUUGCCCUUUCCGAGAAGGCCCGUUUUGCCAUGUUUGCUGGCCGUCCGGUUGACAGUUUGGAAGAGAAUGAUGUCUCGUCGACCUUGAUAGCCAUGCAGUCUGCCGUGAGCCAGUUUGAACCCCAGUUAACGAUGUUUGUUCCUUCGACCGGAGCAGAAAAGACAAUGAAAGAGCACUCAUUAAAGCUCCGUCAGUCAUCGCAACAGGCCGCUGCCACUGUUGCCGAUGUUCACACAACCACCAAAGAAGUCAUUCGUCGGCAGUACAAUGCCGUUCAGGAGUUGGUUCGACACAUGUGGGCGCUGUUUCCCAUCACCACGCAGCAGCAAGAAGAGAAGGGUGCACGGAUUGCCACAUCGCUGUCGCAGUGGAACACCAAAGUCAUCCAACUGAAGCAAGGACUGUCGGCCAACGAUGCCGAGUUGGUGGCGCCGCUCUCCGACAUGAUCUCGGCCGCGCUGGAAAAGUUCCAACAACGUAAAGUGUUUACUUCCAGUCAGUCCAAUCCGCCUUCGGGUCGCUCCACCCCAGCCUUAACACGACCAAGCUCCAUCACCAGUAGCAGCGUGGCCUCUCCGUCCGCAAUGAUGCAAGUCUAAGUGCAGGAUUGACGAGUCUUUCGUUCGUUGGUUUCUGUGUGCUUGAUGUUUUCUGCCAUCGUUGUACGGUUUCCUGUCCUCCAUCAUAAAUGCUAUUCCAUAUUCAGC